AUUUUCUUUCCCCGUAGGUGAAAUUCCUUACAGCCAUGGAGAGGAGCAAUCACACAGUGACUGAGUUCAUCCUGCUGGGCUUCACCACAGAUCCAGGGAUGCAGCUGGGCCUGUUUGUGGUGUUCCUGGGAGUGUACUCUCUGACUGUGGUAGGAAAUAGCACCCUCAUCAUGUUGAUCUGUAAUGACUCCCACCUUCACACACCCAUGUAUUUUUUCAUUGGAAAUCUGUCAUUUCUGGAUCUCUGGUAUUCUUCUGUCUACACCCCAAAGAUCCUAGUGACCUGCAUCUCUGAAGACAAAAGCAUGUCUUUUGCUGGCUGCCUGUGUCAGUUCUUCUUCUCUGCAGGGCUGGCCUACAGUGAGUGCUACCUGCUGACUGCCAUGGCUUAUGACCGCUACAUGGCCAUCUCCAAGCCCCUGCUUUAUGCUCGGGCCAUGUCCAUAAAGCUGUGUGCAUUGCUGGUAACAGCCUCAUAUUUUGGUGGCUUUAUUAACUCUUCAAUCAUCACCAAGAAAAUGUUUUCCUUAACCUUCUGCCAUGAAAACAUCAUUGAUGACUUUUUCUGUGAUUUGCUUCCCUUAGUGAAGCUGGCCUGUGGCGAGAAGGGCAGCUAUAAGUUUUUGAUGUACUUCCUGCUGGCCUCCAAUGUCAUUUGCCCCAUGGUGCUCAUCCUGGCUUCCUACCUCUUUAUCAUCGCCACUGUCUUGAGGAUCUCCUCCUCCCAGGGCCGCCUCAAAGCCUUCUCCACAUUCUCCUCCCACCUGACCUCUGUCACUUUAUACUAUGGCUCCAUUCUCUACAUCUACGCUCUCCCCAGAUCUAGCUAUUCUUUUGAUAUGGACAAAAUAGUUUCUACAUUUUACACUGUGGUAUUCCCCAUGUUGAAUCCCAUGAUCUACAGCCUAAGGAAUAAGGAUGUGAAAGAGGCUCUGAAAAAACUUCUUCCAUAAAUCAAGAUUAUCUCCACCAGAGGAGAAACAAAGAUGUCUUUAAAUGGAGUGUUUUGUAUUUCAAAGAGUUACCAUUGUGCUUUUGAUGAUCAAUCCCCCUCUUGAUACGUGAGUUACAGACAUGUAAAAUAAGAAAAUUGGAAAAUUUAGAAGAAAAACUUCGAAUACAUAAGAAUUUGAAUUGAAUUUCCUAUCUCUC